UACAUGGCUCCCUUCAUUCGCCUAAUUUUGUUGCUGGCCACAAUACUAGAACUAGCUCUAGCAGUCGUUCUCGUAGUCUUGUUCACAUGCGCACACAAGUACGACUACAACAUGGUACUAUGGACGGCCGGCGGAGCCCGUGGUUGGAAUUCGGAUCCAGCGUUGAGGGUUUACGACUACGCAAACUACCGGCAACCACCGCCAAUACCGGCGAUAUGGGAUCAAAGUACCCCCACCACAAACUUUUACAUCGCUGGCUUCACCACCUUACUCUGGGUGAUCCGGCUCAAGAUCAACUUGUCAAACAGCCGGGGGUUGGACCUCUGCACUGUCUUGACAACGAAUGUUUUGUACGACAUGUUGAUGAUCGCCCUCUGGACUUCAAGCAUAUCCCUCCAGCGUGCGGCGGACUUUUCGGAUCACGAGCAUUUAAGCGUGACGCCGUGGUAUCUGGCACAUGAGUGCGAAGAGGCUGCGCGAGACGCCUACACCGCAUGUCGCAUGGCAAAAGCCUCGUAUCAGCUCUCCCUUUUCACUGCUAUCUGGUUUGGAUUGCGACUCAUGUCGACGUGCAUAUAUGCCGCAUUUUUGUAUGGAAUGCAAAUGGGAAGUAAAGAAUUCGGGAAGGGCGUGUUCACGUAA